GAAAAUUAUUUUUUUAUUAUGUACAUAUUGAAAUACUAUAAUAUAUUUAGCUAAUAACAUUAGGAGAGACAAAAAAUAAAAAUAGAAAAUGGUGGUUAGCACGGUGUUGUCCCUAUUGGUGCCCUACCUGGUUUUGAUUCUUUUCAAGAUAUCUCACGCGCACUCUAACUCUUCUACACAUACAAUUUCUCUUCAUCUGCCCCUUAAAAACCACAAAUUCCACUCUUUCUAUCCCUUUUUUACAACACAAUUCCUUUCAAUUUUCAUCAAUCUCUCUCCCCAUCCAUCCAUCAAACGCCCACAUCACAUUUUUCCUUCCUUUUCUGCAAAUUUCCGUUUUGAUUUGGCUGUUUUAGGCGUUUGUUGAGAUUUAGGUAGGAUUGGUGGCGGAGAAAAAAAAAAAGAAAUGGCAACUCCAAACAUGGCUACUAUCACAGCAUCUCUGGAGAGAUCCCUGCAGAACUGCUCCUUGAACCACCAACACAGCAGCAGUAGCAGCAGCAGCAGCGCCAGCGGAGGGGCGGCGCGCCCUUCAGAUUCGCCGCCGGGAGACGCCGUCGCCGCCACCUUGGAACUGAAUUCCGAAGGCUCCCUCCCUUUUCAUUGGGAGCAAUGCCUCGAUUUAAAGAGCGGUGAGAUAUACUACAUAAAUUGGAGGACGGGCAUGAAGGCGACGGAGGAUCCGCGGACGGCGGCGGCUGAGUACGGCGGCGAGUGCUACUCGGAGGAGGACAGCAGCUCGUACGACAGCGACGGCUCGUCAUCGGAAUCAUCCCCUUGUUCCUCAAGAGAGCAAUGGAGUGGUAAAAAUAAUGAAAAAAAUUCUUAUUAUGAAGAAAGGAAUGAGAAUGAGAAUAAUUCGAAUCCGAAUCCGAAUCCGAAUCCGAAUAAUAACAACAGUAACGUGCUGGUGGUGGCUGGAUGCAAGAGCUGCCUAAUGUACUACAUGGUGCCCAAACAGCUUGAAAUUUGCCCCAAAUGUUGUGGUCAACUUCUCCACUUUGAUCGAUCCGAAAAUACCUCCUCUUGAAUUUUUUCUUCUUUUCUUUUUGGUGGAGUGUUUAGUAUUGGAUGUUGAUGUGGGCUCUCGAGUUUCUCAUAUGAGACAAAAAGAUUUCUCAUUCUUGUUUCAAAUUGUUUCAUCUUUUUCUCUUGUGCUGUAUUUUAUUUUAUUCAUUGCUUUUGUUUUUCAUUUCCUGCAUUUAUGUAUUUUGGAUUCAGUCGGUU